AUGGCAACUGCCAAAGUUGAUAUAAAAAUAAUAACACGUGUGGCUGCAUUUAGUUUAUUUAAAAAAUUUAAGUUUCAAAUUAGCAACAUGACCGAGGAAAAUAAAGAAGUGACGACGGAAAAAAUCGAAGAAAAGACGGACACAAAUAUAGAAAUUAAAGAAACCAGUGAAAAUGUUGCUACAAAUGAACCCGCUUCUAAGACAUCAAAAACCAAGAAACAACCGUCGACGAAGAAGCCAACAAAAAAGAAAUCCGUUGAAAAUAAUCCCAUACGCGGCUUACCCAAGUCUGGACGUCCAUGGAAAACACCAAAGCAAAAGUUCACAACAAUUAAGAAGACUACAAAGCGCUUAUCAUUCGAGAAGAAACAGGAGCUGCGUAAUGAACUGCGACACAUAAAGGAGUUGUCCAAGGAUAUAAAAGAGCAACGCAAGGAAGCGGCCGUACAAAAGAAUCAAAGACGUGUGGAAAAUGCUGAACGCCGGUUGGCCAAUGAGCGGCGAGCUGAAGUGGUGCAGAUAAUAAAGAAUCCAUCUAAAUUGAAACGUUUGAAGAAGAAGCAAAUGCGUAUGAUUGAGAAACGCGAUGUUAGUCAAGUAAAAGUGGUGUAGUUGAGCUUGUGGAAAGUAUCCUGGAGGGUAACCUAGUACGCGGCUCAAAGCGGGAGGGUAGAUUAAGUUUUGUAGUUGCUAUACUCAUGUAUAUUUUUGUAAAAAGAAAAUUACAAAAUUAUGUAUACUGAAAACGAAAUACUUAUAUGAAAUUAUUAAAUUCUGAAGAAUACUUCAUUAUUUAAACUCUGCUGGCUUUGGACAUUCAGUGUAGAUUGUUAAUAAAAAAAAAAAUCUGCAAUAAGAAAAUUAAA